UUUAAACAUCAUCCUCCUCAUCCCUGUCACCUCUUUUUUGCUUUAGCUUAGAGCCAGAGCCAGGGGAAACAAUGGCGGAUGUAAGUCAGGGUCAGGGAGAAGAAAUUCCUCCGAAUAUGACUUUAUACAUCAACAAUCUCAAUGAGAAGAUCAAAAUCGACCAGUUGAAGAAGUCGUUGCACGCUGUGUUCUCACAAUUCGGAAAGAUACUGGAUGUGUUAGCAUUCAAGACGCUGAAACACAAAGGUCAAGCUUGGGUUAUUUUCGAGGAUGUUAGCUCCGCUACCAAUGCUCUUAGGCGAAUGCAGGGCUUUCCCUUUUAUGACAAGGAGAUGAGAAUACAAUAUGCAAAGACUAAAUCAGAUGUAAUAGCAAAAGCAGAUGGCACUUUUGUACCCCGAGAGAAGCGAAAGAGGCAUGAAGAAAAGGGAGGGAAGAAACGGAAAGAGCAACUUGAUCCUAAUCAAGCAGCAGCAGGUUUGAAUCCAGGUUAUGCGGGUGCAACACCUCCUCUAUCACAAUUACCCUACCUGGGUGCUAGACCAAUUGUUCCAGAAGCUCCCGCGCCACCAAAUAACAUUCUGUUUAUUCAGAAUCUUCCUCAUGAUGCAACCACAAUGAUGCUGCAAAUGCUCUUCAAUCAAUACCCCGAUUUCAUUCUUACAUAUAUAUGGUUGAAAGAUUUUUUUUAUGUUCAACUUGUUAUUACAGGGUAUGGGUUAAGCUUUUAUCAUUCGAAUACCAACUACCUACCUGACUGCACCUACGUGAGUGACAUGCCAUGCGACUUUGUCGGCCACGUGAGAAGGAGACGCAUGCGACUUUGCCGACCAUACGACUUCCUCGGCUACGCAUGGCUUUCCAUGCUUCUUCGAGGGUUGGCAAAAACGUGUCGACACCAAUGCGUCUUCAAGGGGCCUCGGCCAGGAUGGCAACGCGACUUCGGGACACUCUGUAGCAUUCAUCCUAUUCCACAAAAUAAUUUCUACACAACAUUAUUCGAAGAAUUAUUUUUUCCGAGUGCAUUAUCUUAAAAAUUCAGCCAUAUUUUUAGUGUGAAAUUCACUUGUGGAAUGAUCAUUUACAUCAA